UGCAUUCCAAAAGGGGACAAGAGAAAAAAUAAAGGAGAAUUUGAUUCCAAGAGCUCAUAAGCUUCAUAUAUAUAUAUAUAUAUAUAUAUGUAUGUAUAUCCUGCGUGUUCUGAAAGGUUGGUUGCUUUCAUUUAUCGUUUUCUGACAUUCAUUUUAGGCAUGGCUCAGCCCGAAGAGUCCAUUACUCCACCAUUCUUGAUCUUUCCAAGGCAAGAAGUAUGGGAGAAUGGGCAAUUAACCAUUUGGUUGCCAAGAAGGGCUGAUUCACUUGGUCUUUCUUCACACCGAAACGUAUUAUUUUGUAGAUAUGAAACACGCCCCCAAACCAUUUGGUUUAACAGUAAAAAAUAACUAAGUAAUUUAAACAGAAGUAUCUGACGCAGCUUUACAAGCUAAGUGGCAGUAAAUAACACAGCAAAGCUUAAGAAAGUCCGCUUAACACUUGGUAUUUCCAUUUUUUUUUUUUUAAUUCCUUUUGCUUGAGUUCAUAUUUCGAUAUUGAUAUGCGUUCAGCUACCUGAGAAGUUUCCAAGAUGAUCAAAAGACAUUUUACCAUAAAUUGGAACGAGCCUCUUGUUUGCCAGGUUGGUCAUGCUUACGAUGAAGGGGUUCACCAGCCUAUCAUAAGCAAGGAAACACACAGAUUUUUUGCAAAUAACUUUCUUGAGUACUUGUUUACACGCACAGUAUGGUGGGUGAUUCCACCAGUUUGGCUGCCUGUUAUAUGGUGGUUUGUUUCCAUUUCUGUCCAAAGGGGUCUUACUCCUCCUCAGCUAGCUUUAUCAAUAUUUUGCGGCAUCUUCAUUUGGACCUUGAUGGAGUACAUUGUUCACCGCUUCCUUUUCCACAUGAAAACCAAAACCUAUUGGGCAAACACUAUACAAUAUCUUAUUCAUGGUUGCCAUCACAAGCACCCUAUGGAUAGAUUACGACUUUUUUACCCUCCCGCAGCAUCAACUAUUCUUUGUGUACCAGUUUGGACAUUGAUUAGAGUUUUAUCAACAUCUUCCACGGCACCUGCUUUGUUUGGAGGGGUUUUGCUAGGCUAUGUAGUUUAUGAUAUUACCCACUAUUAUCUGCAUCAUGCCAAACCUUCCAAAGGUUUAAUCCAUAGUCUCUGGAGAUGUCAUCUUAUUCAUCACUUUAGAGUUGGAAGCAUGGGAUUUGGGGUCACUUCCUCCAUAUGGGACUGGGUCUUUGGAACGCUCCCUUCAACAAAAGCUGCUUCAUAAAAUUGAAAAAUUUGUCAAAUCAGAUUCUAGGGCUAUUCUUUGGCUAUACGAAUCUACAAGUCAAUAAGGAGCCUGAAUUACAUGUUGUUUAUUUCUUCUCGAUUUUUCAAACUUUAUCCUAGAAAUAAUGGCUUUACCAUUAAUGUGUAGUGUAUACUAUUAAAAUAUUUAAUAAUGGUUGUAGUAUGCACGUACACAUCUAUAAAUAUUCUCAUUAUAGCCUUAUUAUAUUUAUAUGUAACUUAAGUAUGUUG